AAAGGAAGACAAGACAAGAGAAGGAAUAUUAAGAAGAAGAAGAAGAAGAAGUAGUAGUAUCAAGUGCCCAAAAAAAGAAGAAGGCGGGUCUUGUACUAUCAGUCUUUUUACAAUUUUUGCUGCGGAAGACUUGGAAGACGAAAGCAGGGAGAGAUGCCCAGAAGGUUGGUUUCUGCCGCAGCUCUUUUGUGGGGUUUGCUUCUCUUGGCCACAUUAGUUGUCAUUCUGAAUCGAUUUAGCAAUGAUAAAGUCCUAUCAGAGCCAAACACCCUCAAAAGCAAAAGUGAUGUUGUUGAGGAAAGUGAUGACUUGGAAAAAGUGACUCACCAAGUUUUCUUCGAUAUUGAAAUCGAUGGAAAACCCAUUGGUCGCAUAGUCAUGGGUCUAUUUGGAAAAACAGUUCCAAAAACAAUAGAGAACUUUCGAGCACUUUGCACUGGGGAAAAGGGAAUUGGGAAUAGUAUGAAGCCUCUGCACUACAAAGGAAGUAUAUUUCAUAGGAUCAUUCCCAGCUUUAUGAUUCAGGGAGGAGAUUUUACUCUUGGUGAUGGAAGAGGUGGAGAAUCGAUAUAUGGGGAUAAGUUUGCAGAUGAAAACUUCAAAGUGAAGCACACUGGACCAGGUUAUUUAUCAAUGGCAAAUUCUGGCCAAGACACCAAUGGAUCACAGUUCUUCAUCACAACUGUCAAAACUAGCUGGUUGGAUGGUCACCAUGUUGUAUUUGGCAAGGUGCUUUCUGGAAUGGACGUUGUGUACAAGGUUGAACAAGUAGGAGGAUCGAAUGGGGUACCUAAGAGCAAGGUUGUUAUCAAAGACAGCGGUGCACUUCCGAUGUGAUCACCCUACCCUAAUCUUUCACCAAAAGUGAUAAAAUGGCAAUAUCAGUGACCUUCCGAUGUGACACUCCAAUGUUUCAUACAAAUGAUAAGCAACUAUGGCCUUGUUGAGAUA